AUGUUCAUUGGCCAGGGUUUGCAAGAGAUGUUUAUUGCCCAGGGUUUGCAAGAGAUGUUUAUUGGCCAGGGUUUGCAAGAGAUGUUCAUUGGCCAGGGUUUGCAAGAGAUGUUCAUUGGCCAGGGUUUGCAAGAGAUGUUUAUUGGCCAUGGUGUGCAAGAGAUGUUCAUUGGCCAGGGUUUGCAAGAGAUGUUCAUUGGCCAGGGUUUGCAAGAGAUGUUUAUUGGCCAUGGUGUGCAAGAGAUGUUCAUUGGCCAGGGUUUGCAAGAGAUGUUCAUUGGCCAGGGUUUGCAAGAGAUGUUCAUUGCCCAGGGUUUGCAAGAGAUGUUUAUUAACUGGGGAUUGUAA